UCAUAAUGCAAAAUCUUCUGCCUCUGGGCCCGCUCCCAGUUCCUUCUAGCUGCGGACUUAACGAAGUUUGGAAUUCCUUAAGCUCCGCCUGCUUACCAUUUCAAUAUAACGAGCGUGAUGCGUUUUAUCCUUACAUGCAGGAUCCUUAUGCAGGGUUCAGGUCCAAAGAUGUAUUAAGAGGCACUGGAGGCCCCGGUGGAAAUGGAGGCCCUGGAGGCCCUGGAGGACCUGGAGGACCAGGUGGCCCAGGAGGACCUGGUGGGCCUGGAGGACCCGGAGGACCUGGAGGGGAUGGAGGACAUGGAGGGCAUGGAGGUCACGGAGGGCAUGGAGGACCUGGAGGAGUUGGAGGACCUGCCAUUGUUGGAAAUGGCGGUGGUGGAAAUGUUGGCGGCGGAAAACCUGGUGGUGGAAAUGCCGGCGGUGGAAAACCUGGUGGUGGAAAUGCCGGCGGUGGAAAUGUCGGUGAUGCAAAACCUGGUGGAGGAAAUGCCGGCGGUGGAAAUGCCGGUGGUGGAAAUGCCGGCGGUGGAAAACCUGGUGGUGGAAAUGUCGGUGGUGGAAAUUCCGGUGGUGGAAAACCUGGUGGUGGAAAUGCCGGCGGUGGAAAUGCCGGUGGUGGAAAUGCAAGUGGUGGAAAUGUCGGCACUGGAAAACCUGGUGGUGGAAAUGGCGGUGGUGGAAAUGCCGGCGGUGGAAAACCUGGUGGUGGAAAUUCCGGCGGUGGAAAACCUGGUGGUGGAAAUGCCGGCGGUGGAAAACCUGGCGUUGGAAGUUUAGGUGGAAGCAUCGGCGGUGGUCCAUCUAUAAAGCCUCCAAUAGGACCAACAAUAAGACCUCCUAAAGGAGGUAAUAUAAAACCCCCCGUGGUAGGUGAAAUAGAGACGCCGGAUAUACCUUACAUUGAACCUCCUACCUGUCCCCCCAUUGAGGUACCUAUCUGGGAUCCAAAUUUGAAUAUAUGGACCCAAAACAAAAGCCCUCGCUGUGUUUCCAAAAAUACAAAAAAUUAAAAAAAAAUUAUAUUCAUUUGAAA